CCGCAUCCGACAGCGUCUCCUGAGGUGCUUUGCUCUUCUUCUCUUCCACCAGCAAAUUCCCUCCCGUGUCCCAGUCCCAGUCCCAGUCCCAAUCACACACCCGUACGAAUACCUACCGCACCGCACCGCACACACGUCGUUCCUUUGGUGUGUGGACUUGUGGACGCGUGCAUGAGCUAGACCUCUUCCUCGCUCUCUAUCUCUUACCCAUACCUUUUACGAACAUCCGUACCCUCCUCCCACUCCUCAACUCACUCUCCUUAAGCAACCUGAGUUGCUCAACCUUGAACGGCACGGCCAUAGUACACAUACUGCCCACACAAGAGAGAGCUCGGCCCAACCUCGUCCACCCCUCCAACAUCAACUUCUAUUUGCAUCCCCACUGCUGCACUCCGUCAACUGCCACCAAUAGACGCCGUGUUCUGGAAACACCUGCGAUCUCCCCUUAACGGCUGCUCUAUUGAACCUACUACCCGGCACUGCCCAACGCGCGGCUCUACUUCAUUUCUUAUUCUCUCCUUUUCCCUUUGUCCCUCUCUCUCUAUCGGUUACUACUCCCCUUGAAAUUCGGCUCACUCCGUCCUGCGCGCACCGAACCCCUCGAAAUUGCAGUGGACUGUUUUCUCGUCCCGGUUACCAACUCGAAUCGUCCGCUCUCGCGCAUAGCCUGGCCCGCCGAAACUGUCGAUCAACAUUGAGCCGAAACGUGCGGAAUCCCAGCCUACAAGACCAUAACAACCCCCCGCCAACCCUUGGCCUUAUCGUCAACGUCAGCUAUGCGUCUGUUGUAGUCUGUCCAAUUCCGCAAAGCUGUGGAGCUACACCUAAUUUUCUCCUUUACGGUAACCUUAUGCGAUCCCGGGCCGCCUAGGAGCUGUUACCGAAACCAACACUUUUCCGACCUCGAACCACCUAUCUUUUUACCCCAACGUACACCCCAAAAACACACUCGACCGAAACCCGCACAUUGCGCCACUGAAAUCGAAAAGUCCACGACACGAUUCCGACACGAGCAGUGGUGGCAUAGCAGACGAUGGCAGGAUAUCCGGGUCAGCGUCCUUAUGGCGGUGGCCCUCCCGCGCCUCGUCCUGGACCGGGCCCCGGCCCAGCGCCCGCGCAGCGGGGUCCUCCUCAGCAGUAUGACAACUACCAGCAGGACGGAUAUGGCUACGACUACUAUGAUGAUGGUGGCUACGACCAAAACUACGGCGGACAAUACCAGGACCCUAACUACAGCAGAGGUCCGCCGCCGAAUCAAGGAUAUCCGCCGCAGGAUUACUAUGGUGGCGGCCCAGGGCCCAAUGGCCCUCCAAGAGGAGGACGACCGCCUCAAAUGGGCAGAGGUGGACCCAUUGCACGUCCUCCGACCGCAGAUGGUACUCGCGGCGCAUAUCCGCCUCGUGGCGGUGGCGGUCCCCCAGGCCGAGGAGGUUUCCCCAUGGGCCGGGGCGGCCGUCCCGCUCCGUAUGAGCGAUCGGCCAAUUCAGAUCCAGCUGCAAAUCGUCCUCGAGAACACGCGCCGAUCAGUCCUCCUGGCGCCCAGGGAUUUAGUGGUGGCGCUUUCCCGUCAUUUCCAGGACAAGGCCGUAAGACGGACCUGGAUGCUGAAAAUGCGAUUCUGAACAAAAUGGCCGGAAUCGACAUCUCAUCCCAACCUGUCCAGCAGCGGCCUCCUGGUGGACCUCCAAAUGGCAGAGCGCCGCCACCCCGUGGCUACUCUGACCCGCGGCGUGGUCCUGAGCCAGGCUACGGACAAGACUUCCGAGGAGAUGGCUACGGCCAGCAAGGCCCUCCGAGGGACGACUUCGGUCCGCCUUCUAGAAGCAUGACCAUGCCGGUCAACGACCAAGCACAAAGGCGCGGACCUCCGCCACGCCAGGACACAUAUGGUGGUCCAGGGGGGCCGCCACGUGGUGGUGUUCCUCCUCGGCCUUCAACAGCGCAAGGAAAUCGGCCGCCACCGCAGCGCAUGUAUCCCCCAAACCCGAUGCCUCCGCCGCCGCAACAGCAGCAGCAGCAGCAACUGCCUCCGCCUCAGAAUGCAGGUUAUGGGGGACCUGGAGAGUUCGGAGGCGAUCAGGACGGAUACCGAGAUACUAGAGCGUCAUUCGGCGAUGUCUACGACGCCUAUUACCAACCUUCUCGCAUGAGUAAUCAAAGCGCCCACAAUUAUGGGCACCAUGAUGCUCCCGAGUACAAUGGGGCACCAUCGCAUGCUCCUCGCGGUUCUUUCGAACAGCACAUGCGUCCAGGCAUUGCCGAACACACGCAGCCGGGCGCUAAGCGCGUUCCGGAGAUGAGUCGGACCAAAUCGCAGCCAGAUCUACGACAGUCGCAGCAGGCUGUGUUUGAGAUGGCCGGUGACGCUCCUCCGAUGCCGCCAAUGGGUAACGGCUACCAGGACGCGUAUAACCAACCCAACGGCUGGGACCAACCACAGAACCCGCAGAUGGGGCGUCCUGGUUUGCCCCAAGGCCCUUCUCCUAAUCGAGGCCCCGAUUCUCUGCCAUCUCAUCCGGCCCCCGUCCGACCUGGCCACAUGCCGAAUUCCAUGGUCAAUAUGAAUGACAAGCCCGCGCCUGUUCGCAACUAUGCCGGCGCUCCUGGCGUCAACGUACCGACACCUCCUGCCGGGCCUGGCGGCGCACCUCCGCCUCAGCAACAAAUGCUCCCUCAGCAGCCCAGCAAGGCUUCGCUUCAAGAAACAACACCCGUUACCCAGGAAGAGCUAGAGCGUUUACGCCAGGUUGUCAAGUCAACACCGAAUGAUCAAGAGACUGCCAUGAGGCUGGCGAAGCGACUAGUGGAGGCGGCCGAUGUUCUGGCCCCGAAUCUUGCCGAUCCGAAGAUGAAGACUCGUGCCCGGGAGAGAUAUCUUGCCGACGCAAACAAGAUCCUCAAGAAGUUGUCGAGCGCGCAAAACUCUGAAGCAAUGUUCUUUUAUGCCGACUGCCUAGGCCGUGGCUUGUUUGGACUGGAGCCUGAUAACAAGGAGGCUUUCACAUUGUACCAGUCGGCUGCUAAGCUCGGACAUGCGGCUGCGGCGUACAGAACGGCAGUCUGCUGUGAGAUUGGCCACGAAGAAGGUGGCGGCACAAGAAAGGAUCCCCUCAAGGCGAUUCAAUGGUAUAAGAGAGCUGCAACGCUCGGCGAUACGCCAGCCAUGUACAAGGUUGGUAUGAUCUUGCUCAAGGGGCUUCUUGGCCAGCCGAAGAAUCCUCGCGAAGCUGUAGGGUGGCUCAAGAGAGCUGCGGAAAGAGCUGACGCUGAGAAUCCUCACGCAUUGCAUGAAUUGGGUCUGCUCUACGAAUCUGCAGCCCCUAACGAUGCCAUUAUUAAGGACGAAGCUUAUGCCUUCCAGCUGUUCCGAGAGGCGGCUGACCUCGGCUACAAAUUUUCACAAUAUCGUCUCGGUUGCGCCUUCGAGUAUGGUCUGAUGGGCUGCCCGGUUGACCCCCGCCAGUCCAUUAUGUGGUACUCCCGCGCAGCUCAGCAAGGCGAGCACCAGUCUGAGCUGUCACUCAGUGGAUGGUACCUUACUGGCACCGAUAAUGUCUUGCAACAGAGCGAUACCGAGGCUUACCUGUGGGCGCGCAAGGCUGCCACGGCCGGUCUGGCUAAGGCUGAGUACGCGAUGGGUUACUUUACCGAGGUGGGCAUUGGUGUGCCAGCCAACAUGGAGGAUGCAAAGCGAUGGUACUGGAGAGCAGCUGCCCAAGAUUUCCCCAAGGCACGUGAACGGCUCGAAGACCUUAAGCGCGCCGGCAAAAACGGACCCCGGCAGCGCGAGCGUAUUUCUCGCAGCAAGAUCGGCAAGCAACAAGAGGGCGAGUGCUCCGUCAUGUAGGCGGCAAGUCAUGACCCAAUACAACAACUUGAUGUAACACGAGCGGUCCGGGCUGGGUUCCUGUGUCGACCGCAACGACGACCACGAACAGAGGAUGAAGAGACGACGACGAGGUACAACUCUGUGUACUUGUACGGCAUCAACCGACAACGGGAUGUUUGAUCUAUACGGAACAGGAAAGAAAAGGCUCACGAAGAAGGAAGAGAAUGGGGGAAAGCCACAACAGGCGUUCUGGACAAACGGUAGUCGAAUUUCCUCCAUUGGAUGGGAGGCUCCUUUGUUUGAUAGGGAGGUCACUCAUAUUCUCCUUCUCCCCCCACAGGUCCACGGAAUAAGAAUGGCUCUGAUGAGGGGCUGGAUUUCAAGCAUUCAUGUCAAUGUCUCAUCUGAGGGCAGGUUGACAUGGCUCAUACAGCCGAUGUUUGGCGUUUAGCAUAUAUAAUUAUUCAUUAACG